AUGCUUCAAAUCAUCAUUCUAGUUUUGUCUCUUGCUCUUGCAAAUUUUGUUGUUGGAGACGAUUUUGAAUCCGACGAACCCAAGUGUGAAGCAAACUAUGGUACGAAUGGUCCCGAAUUUCCAUGUAGUGGUAGUUUAUCCACGGAUUACAGAUGCAACAGUACUUUUCUUAAUAUUUUUGACACACCAUUCUACAAUUGUUCAAAUGUAAAUAUCUUUUGGGAUGCUCCAAGGAACAAUUUGACACUCACUAUUGAAGCAGCAAAUUAUACAAAUUUAAAACAACCGUUUGCAGUCUCAUUAAGCAAUAGAUUGGGUCUAGUACCAGUCUACAGAAUUUAUUCAAAUGAACAAGAAGUCUUGAUAUCAAAAACAGAGGAAAAACAAAGUGUACACACAUCUGAUGAAAAUUAUCAAGUUGUACUGAAAUUUAAAGGGCCACAACGAUUUCAACUUUAUGGAACGUUCAUCGAAUAUCAAGUUGCACCAAUUAAUGCGAGUGCUUCAUAA